AUGAACGUCAACUUUGCCAACACCGUCCCAACCACCAGGGCGGACGGUCGCAACAACGGAAACAGCUCUCGCCCCGUAAACGCCCUCCCACGUUCUGACAACCCCCAACGACAACCCGUGGCAUCAGCCGCAUACCAACUCGGUCCUCGGAUCCGACAGACCAAGCAAGAUCUCGACUUUGCCAUAUACGAAGACGAGACGGCCCACGAAAUCCCCCAGCCCCGCCGUGAAUACUACGGCAGCAACCUCCCAGCCCUCGCCGACAUCUCUAGCGGGGAAGAAUACAGUUACGCCCAGCAUCAUGUCUGGUAUCGCAGCUGCGACAGACACAUCAGGGCAGCGGCCAGGAGGGGGAAUGACAUCCUCAAAAACGCAUUGAUAGCCCUCAAAAGGGACUACGACGCUGUGCCUCUAGUACAACGAGCCACCGGGUGCUACGAGUGGGUUAUCGCGUGCGAUCCUCAGGACGUCUGGCUGUGGGUCCAAGACAAAGGAUAUCACCGACGUUGGAACAAGAUCCAGAAGAGACUCUUCGUGGUACUCCUGGAGUGGAUGGCACUUAUUAUGAGGGAGGUCCAGAACAGCGAGGAUGACCACCUGAUGAUGGCCACAGUGAGAGCCAAGGCCCAGCUCAUUAAGCAGACGUUUGAGAGCUUGGGCCUUCAGAACCUGACCGUGGAGAAGGAUGGGCUGAAGGUCCUUUUCAUCCCUUGUGGAGAAGACAAGCACGUCAUUUAUAGACGUGACUUUACGAGGGAAGAGCAGCGCUACAUUGACGUCCUCUGGCCGGAGCAAUGGGCGCCUGGGAAUGAGAGGCAUCUCGAUGAGCUAUUAAGAGCGGCAGAUUAUGUGGUAUAA